GGUCCGCUAUUCGAUUCACACCAUCGCCGCCUUCUAGCAGAGUACGACCUGGUCUCUUGCCACUUAUCGUGUUUUUUUUCCAUUUUCUGUGGUUUGUUGCCCACCCCCCCCCACUUCCCUCAGCAUCCCCCUAUCACAUACAUCCACCAUUUAUCGGAAAGGCAGAUACACGACACAAGUUACGGUUAGGCGGAGGUCGCUCGGGGGACGGGGAGACGGUCCCCUCCAGGCGCUGUGCUCCAAAAACAAGCGGACGGCCGGUGCUUUACCAUCCUUUAUCAGAAAAAUAAUAACCAUGUCAUUUCAUAACCAUAUUAACGGCUGAAAGCGAGCGAGGUACAGGGGAUUUCAUGGCAACUGGAGGAAAUCGGACGAAUGCCUUCGGAUGCUGCGAGCUUACCGCAAAGGACGGGGAAGUAAAAAAUAAAAUAAAAUAAAUCGGGUUGCCUUGAACAGUGACACUACAGGAAUCAAGCACAGAAUGAGAGAAGAGAGCCUGUGCCGAAGACGGUUUUCCCUGUGCCCGACGACGAGCACGCCACAGAAGAUCGACCCCCGGACACUGACGCGGAACCUGUCGUACGCUGGGGACCACGACAUCUACCCCCUGAGCCCAGGCAGCGACAUGGAGAGGAAUGGACUGGCUAUGCCGAGGGAUGAAGUCAGCCCUGUCCAGUCGCCAGGCAGCAAGCUGGAAGCCAGGGUGUUCAAUGGCCAGGAGAAGGAAUGCUCCUCACCCACAGAAAAGCUGGCCAGGAAGGAAUCUCUCAAAGUCCAAAAGAAGAAUUAUCGACAGGAGAAGAAAAGGGCAACCAGAGAACUAUUCAGCGCCCUCAAGGACCCUAGUGUAGUCAUUAUGUCCAACUGGCUAAAGAUCCGGGGCACCCUGAAGAGCUGGACCAAGUUGUGGUGUGUCCUAAAGCCUGGGGUUCUCCUCAUUUACAAAACCCACAAGGUGGAGCACUGGGUGGGAACUGUCCUGCUCAAUGCCUGCAAGCUCAUCGAGAGGCCUUCAAAGAAGGAUGGUUUCUGCUUUAAACUUUACCACCCGCUGGACAAGUCCAUAUGGGCCAUGAAGGGUCCUAAAGGAGAGAAUGUGGGAUCUAUCACACAGCCCCUUCCAAGCAGCUACCUAAUCUUCAGGGCAGCUUCUGAGUCAGACGGCCGCUGUUGGAUGGACGCCUUGGAACUAGCUCUCAGCUGUUCCAGUCUCUACAAGCUCACCUCCAGGGUUGGGCGAGAUGGCGACCUGAACACAUCCACGGAGUCAUCCCACAUUCUCCACCUCUUGCAGUCUUCCCCCCUGACUGACCAAGACCUCCUUCAGUUGAAUGAGUCCAUGUUAGAAAACCACCACAUGGAGAAUGACGGCUAUUCUGACAAAUCAGAGCGGGAAGCACAUGAGGAGUCAGACACCGGGGCUAAUGAAAACGGUGGGCGGCUCACUGAAGAAAGUGAUAUGGACCAAUCAGAUGACCUUUCCCCUUGCCUGCUGGCUACUGCCUAUGUCGAACAAGGCCAAGAAGAGAUGGGGGAGGCUGGAGAGGCCUCCCAGGUGGAGACCGUUUCAGAGGAGAACAAAAGUCUGAUCUGGACCCUGCUGAAGCAGCUGCGUCCCGGGAUGGACUUGUCCAAAGUGGUCCUGCCCACCUUCAUCCUAGAGCCACGCUCCUUCUUGGACAAGCUGUCCGACUAUUACUACCACGCCGACUUCCUGUCCCAAGCGAUAACUGAGGAGAGUCCUUACUGCCGGAUGAAGCAGGUUCUGCGGUGGUACCUGUCAGGCUUUUACAAGAAACCCAAGGGGCUGAAAAAACCGUACAACCCCAUCCUCGGUGAAACCUUUCGGUGCUGCUGGCUUCACCCCCGGACUGAUAGCUGUACUUUUUACAUAGCAGAACAGGUAUCACAUCACCCACCAAUAUCUGCCUUUUAUGUUUCCAACAAGAAAGAUGGCUUUUGCAUAAAUGGCAGCAUCCUUGCCAAAUCCAAGUUCUAUGGAAACUCACUGUCUGCCAUUCUGGAUGGGAAGGCCAGACUGCUGUUUCUGGCUCGGAAUGAAGAGUAUGUCAUCACAAUGCCAUAUGCCCACUGCAAAGGCAUUCUGUAUGGUACGAUGACCCUGGAACUUGGAGGGAAGAUCACCAUCAUUUGUGAAAAAACGAAGUUUGCAACUGAGCUGGAGUUUAAACUGAAGCCUUUCCUUGGUAGCUCCUGCAGCGUGAACCAGAUUUUUGGAAAGAUACGCUUGGGAGAUGACGUGCUCGCCACCGUCGAUGGACACUGGGACGGCGAGGUGUUCAUUCAUGAGAAGAAGACAGGUCAUCAGGAGAUGCUGUGGAACCCGAGUCUGGAUGUGCGGCAGCGCAGGUUGAGGAGGCAGGUGGUGCGGCUGGACCAGCAGGGGAUGUUUGAAUCUGAAAGGCUGUGGCAGCACGUGACCAGUGCCAUCACGAGCCAGGACCAGGAGCAAGCCACACAAGAGAAGUUCGUCCUGGAGGAAGCCCAGAGGCAGGAGGCCAAGGACCGGGGCGACAAACUCUGGAUCCCCCGCCUCUUCAACCUGGACCCCGUGUCCAAUGAGUGGCAGUACAAAUUUGCAGACACAAAGCCCUGGGACCCCAGCAUCUGCCUGGUCCAGUUUGAGAAGGACGGCGUGAUCCAGACCAAGGAGAGGUCCCUACACCGGCACAGUGGGCUCUCUUACAGCCAGAACUGGGCCGUUGAGCAGAAGGCCAAGGUGCAGGGUAAACACAGGAAAUCCAGCAGCCAGCCAUCCAGCUGCAGCCAGAACACAGAGAGCAGCAGCACCACACCAGAACCCACGCACGAGUCCUCCGACAAUGAAGCAUUUAUGACCCAGUGCACCAGAUGUAACAGGGAGGUGAAGGACAUUGCAGAUAUUGAGGCCUCCAUUGCGUCCAUCCAGCAGACACAGCAGGACAUACAGAGCAACCUGCACGCGCUGACACAGCAGGUGCUCCAGAGGAGGCGCGCGGAGGAGAGCGCCGUGCUGGGCCGACGUCACUGGUUCAUCUUGUGCGCUCUGCUCCUCCUCCAGCUCGUCAUCAACUAUGCGUCCACAUGAACCCGGGGCCGAGGGUGCACUGCAACCACAACAGAUGCAGACUCACACUGCUCUCGAAUGCCUGUACGACAGCCCAAUGCCAUGGGCACCAAGCACUUUGGAGAGAGAGAGACAGAGAGAGAGAGAGAGAGAGAUAGAAGUAUGAACAAUUUGAGCAAGGAUGACAGGAGAGAAAAUGAAAAAAUAGCAAAUAAAUAUUUUAUUUUUUAAGUGUGUGGCGAGAAAAUUUUAAUGUCAGUAGUGGACAUGCACUUUUAUACUCUUGCAAUACUUCUCGUUUUUAGUCUGUGUCAAGGCCUCGACCCCGAAGCACUUUCAUUCCUCUUUCCCUCCUGUUUAAACGUUGGGCCUUAAUGCUAAAGCCAAAAAAAGUUGAUAGUAAUAGAACAAACAAAAAAAUAACAUGAACUUAAAAUAGUGCAAUUCUUAGUGUUUGUAUAAAUGUAUGUUAAGAAAAGUAGGGUAUUCUCUUUUAGCAAUGAUGACCAAAACAGUAUUUAUAAUCCUUAAAAAGAAAAGAGUCCAUGUUUACAAAGUUCUGUAUGUAUAUACAACAUGUGCGGUUCCCUGGAAACCGGGAAUAACUCACACGCUGUUACUUAAGUAUAUCAUGAAGCCGUAACAUACAAUCAGAGGCAGAGGAGAAGGAAAUGAGGUGUCUUUAUCUUCGGCCAAUGAGAAACUAGAGAUGUGGAGACCAGGAGACCAGAGUGAGCACAUUUUCAGUGCUGUGGAGAGCUAAACAGCUUCCACAGUCUUCAAAUAAUGUUGAGUAAGCAGUUUCAAGAGGGCCCAGGUACGAGCAAAAUGAAGGUUAAUAUCCAGCUAAAACUGUCCAGUUUCAUUUAGAUAUUCUGUGGCUUACUGUGGUACAGUAUGGGGUUACCACAAUCCGAUCCUUCAUAUAGUUUAGGUAAUAAGUUACUCCAAAUUUGUGAAACUAGUUUUCAUUGCUAAGAUGAACCUCAGUUACUAAUAAAAUAUCUUAUGAUACAUGUUUUGAUUGAAAAAAAGUCACUGCGUUUAAAAUUCAUAUUUCAAUCAGACUUGUAGGGCAGUGUUGUUGGUUUCAUAAUUAAAUGCAAUAUUGUCGAGCCUGAAAAGGAGGAAUAAAGAUUCAUUACCGUGGCAUUUCCGAGAUGCAAUACCCGCAAUGGCGGAACACGGCAGGAAAUCGUCGACGUUGAACCACCUGAUUGUUGGUGUCUUGCGCCACUUGGUGUCUUUUUCUCACAUUGCAGAGCAGCCGUCCCGUUGAAAUGGACCAUGCGAAGGAUUAUUAGGGACGAUGACGUCGUUUGAUAAUGCUUUUCCUUUUCCAUCCACUUCUCCUUUCAUUUCUUAUUUUUCUCACGACCACACAAACGGACUUCGUUAUCUGGUUGCAAUAUCGGGAAGUAAGACGUAAUGAUUUCUGUGCUCAGUUAUUGUAUAGCACGAAAUUAACAAUUCACGUGUUGACUGACUGUUUAUAGUAAUUUUCAUUGUCAGCCUACCCAGGCAUGUUUUCCACUAGCCCUGUCACACAGCUAGUAGCCUAUGGUUUGUACUCGAAAUAAAGCUUGUCUUGUGAAUGAAAAA